AUGGAGUCGACACUCUACCGUAAGAAGACGCCAUGUAACACUUCUGAGCUAGAUGCCCCCUGGACCACCCUCAUGGCCAGCGUUGACCCCGAGGCGACCUCCGUGAUGGUGCGAGGCCUGGUGCCCGCCCGCUCCUACCAGUUCCGCCUCUGCGCUGCCAACGACGUGGGCAAAGGGCAAUUCAGCCAGGACACCGAGAGGGUGUCCCUGCCGGAGGAGCCCCCCACCGCACCCCCCCAGAACGUCAUCGCCAGCGGCAGGACCAACCAGUCCAUCAUGAUCCAGUGGCAGCCACCUCCUGAGAGCCACCAGAACGGCCUCCUGAAAGGCUACCUCAUCAGGUUCUGCCUGGCCGGCCUGCCCGUCGGCUACCAAUUCAAGAACAUCACCAGCACCGAGGUCAACAACCUGCUCCUGGAGGAUCUCAUCAUCUGGACCAACUACGAGAUCGAGGUGGCGGCGUACAACAGCGCUGGCCUGGGGGUCUACAGCCCCAGGGUGACCGAGUGGACCCUGCAGGGAGGUGGGCGAGGAGGGGGGGCUUUCCCCAGCUCCGGGCGAAGGGCCCUGGGUCUCCGCUGGCCCGGCUGUGGGGUGCUGAGUCCCGGGGGAUUCGUGAGCCCGGCCUCAGCUCACAAGCUGCUGGGGGCCAGGUGA